AUAAACAAUCUUGGAAAUCAACCUACAAUAACUGAAUUAAUUGAAAAUACAGUCUCACACAUUUCAAAGUUUUCCUGGAAAACUAGUGAAGGGAAAAAUUUGAAACUUUUUGCAUAUGAAGAGGAAGGUCGGAGGCUCAUUUUCACAAAAUUUCAAAUUUUUCCACAGAAAAUAACCUGAAGAAUCUUGGAAAUCAACCUCCAAUAACUGAAUUAAUUGAAAAUACAGUCUCACACAUUUCAAAGUUUUCCUGGAAAAAUACUGAAGGGAGAAAUUUGAAACUUUUUGCAUGUAAAAAGGAAGGCUAUAAGCUC